AUGGAGAAGUGGACUGGAAAGAUCGCUGUUGUCACCGGUGCAUCAGCUGGAAUUGGCAAAGCAAUUGUUGAAUAUUUCGCCAAAAGUGGAAUUCAUGUUGUUGGACUAGCAAGAAGAAGUGAAAAAAUAGAAGAAAUCGGUAAACAACUUGGAGAGACUCCUGGAAAAAUCUACGCUCACAAAUGUGAUGUUUCUGAUUUGGAAUCAGUGAAAGAAACAUUCAAAUGGAUUGAAGAGAAAUUUGGUUUUAUUCAUAUUCAUAUCAACAAUGCGGCAAUAUUAUUCUAUGGAACAAUUCUUGAUAAAAGAGAAAACGCCACAGAAAAGAUAAAUUCAGUCAUCAAUACAAAUUUUACUGGAGCUGUUCAUUGUACAAGAGAAGCGGUUCGUUUAAUGGAGAAGUCUGAUGAUUAUGGACUUCUCAUUAACAUAAAUUCUAUCGUUGGUGAUUCUAUCCCUUUUGGUCAUGGUGUUAAUGUUUAUGCACCUACAAAAUAUGCACUUAAAGCUUUUACUGAAGUUUUACGCCAGGAAUUAAUUUUGAGUGGAAACACAAAAAUUCGUGUAGCAAAUCUUAGCCCCGGUGUUGUUGAAACGGAAAUGGCAGUCGCAGCAGGGUUUGUUGAAGAUGCCGCUGCAAUGUAUCAGGCCUUACCACAUGUUAAAUCUGAAGAUGUUGCAGAAGCAGUUUCAUUUAUCUUAAGAACUCCCUAUAAUGUAAACAUUACGCAGUUAACGAUCAAACCUGUGGGUGAAAAAGUUUAG